AUGGAUUCUCCCAUGAAUUCUGACUGGUCUUUGGACAAUUCGGACUCUUUUGAAUUUCCCUCGAAAUACGGGCCGGACACCCGCCCACCGGAAGGCCACGAACUAGCGAUUCCUUUCCUCUAUACCCCUCUACCAGAUGAGCUACCAACUGGCGUUCACAAAGGUCUUUUACUCCUAUACGCUGCCUAUGUGGGGAACAUAGAUCGCUACGUGCGACUCCGGGAUCCCAACCACUUCAUCAAGCACGAGUUCGGGUGUGUGAUCCGGGGCAUCUAUCAUGACACCAUGUUCGCGAAAUGGUGGUCCCUCCAACCAGAUCACCCCGAUGCAGGGGGCGGCGAAAUUGAUGCACCCGGCAAAAUGUCUCACAUCAGACGCGCGAUCCACGCCCGAUUUAUCAUGAACAACGACCUGUCACACAUUGAACAGGAAACCGACGAGGAUUGCCUCCCCUAUCUGAUUUGGCAUCCGCACAUCGCUGAUCGCGCGACCUACGAAUUACUCGCCCGUCGUAAGCCAGCGAUGAAAGCGCAAGCGGCUCACGCAUGCAUGGUGGCCAACUACCAAUGGGUUUACGACCGUAUUAAUGUCACCUCGGACUGGUUCCUGGUAGACCAGGCAAAGAGACUUGCAGACAGUACGCCUUACUAUCUAGAGGACUUGCAACGGCGGGCGGAGCAAAUGGGCAUCGAUCUCACAGAGGAUCCCCACAUAGACGACCGGUGGAAGAUUAUUGAAGAUCGGUUUCUGAUCAACUGGCGGCCCUUUGUCCUUCCAGUGGAAGCAACGCCUGACCAAAUGGCUGAUGACGACGAGUAUUUUGAGAAUUAUGAUGGCUAUGGGCUAGAUUUGAUCAAGUUGGAAUUGUAUGUUUGUUCCUCGAAUCAGUUGAAGCAGAGGUAUGGAGAUGCGGUGGAUCUUCUAGGCAUCUAUCAACAAGCGUUGCGAACCGAGGAAUCAACCUACUAG